AUGUUCGAGCAAUUCGACAGCGAAGUCCAGAACCACAUCCAGGUGUUCUUCGAACAAGCGACAGGAGUCAUCGACGAAGCCUUCCAGAUUCUCAGCCGCCGUCAGGGAAAAACGGAUGCCAACAAAGAUCAGCCCGAAUCUUCAGGCCAAUCUUACCCAUCCAGCCACUUAGUGACUAUACCCAUGCUUACAGUCCCGGUUAGCAAGUCGUCCAGUAAGUCAAGUUCGACUGAGAACCUCUUGAAAUCCGUUUCCGUCCAACGCCUACGAUGGUCUCUGUUGGACAAGAAGCGCAUCGAGGUCAUCGUCCACAACUUCAGCGAUCUCAAUGCAAGAAUUCAUGAAAACAUCAAGUUGUGGAGUCUGGCAACCUCUAUGGGGAUAGAUCUCCAGCAUCUGGAGCGCUUGAAAGAAAACAACGAUGCUAAGACCCUUGGAUUCGACAUUGAUGCGAAGUUGCACAUGGUUGCAACAAUGACUCAACCUAUCUCCCAAACACUUGAAGUCGAAGACCCUCUGGUACGUCAAGACCUCAACAAGGUGACUACCUUUGAAGACAAGUUCGGUAUAUUUCACUGGGACGGAAAACCGAUGCUUGUUGAGUAUCGAUCCUACAACCUCCAGUCUCCCGUUCCGGUGGACUUAGACCCUCGAUCGAAAGACCUAGUUGACAGCCUUGCAAGUCUCCUUCACCAACCCAAGGAAAUGGUUUUUAGAACUCCGAGAUGUACUGGCUGGGUACGCCAGAUCAACCACAAUCGGGUAGCGUAUAUCUUUGCGGUUCCUGAAGGCGGUGAACCUGCACCAGUCAGCCUAUUGAAGGCCCUGCCGCCACUCGAUUCGUCAUCGUCUUCCCAAUUACCGACUCCAUCCUUGGGACAUCGGUUUCAACUUGCCCAUAAAUUGGCCAGGUGUAUUUCGCAACUACAGUUGGUGAAAUGGGUACUAUUCCUAGCCUCGAUCAUUUGUUCAUUCGUUAACAUUCCCAACUUCCAAGGUUCACGAGAGCUUCCGCAGCAUCCGCGUCGGCAACAGAAUCCCACUGAGCCUUUCAAUAAGCUGCACGACGUAUACGCUCUAGGGGUCGUGCUCCUCGAAAUAGGACUCUGGCAGCCAGCGAUGAGUCUUGAAAGGCAUGGCUUUUCAUCUGUGAAGGAACCCAAGGCCAUUCAGAAGUAUUUGAUCAAGGUGGCUGAGAAAAGGUUGUCUUCUAAAGUUGGGGAGAAGUACCAAAAGGUCGUCUUGAAAUGCUUGCGGGGUAACUUCGAAGUUGAUAACGACACUAAAGAAGACACGAAGUUGCAGGUGGCUUUCAGAUCACAGGUUGUCGACAUUCUAGAGAAGAUUGCCGAUGCUAUUUAG